AUGUCGUCAAUCUUAGGACUCCCUACACGAGGAUCAGAUGUAACUGUUCUCAUAUCCAGGGUCCAUGUGCAUCCCUAUUGUGUACUUGUGGAAUUCUGGGGAAAAUUUAGCCUGGAGAGGACUGCAGAGUAUGAACGUCUAGCCAAAGACAUCCAGUCCCCUGGGGACUCUUUGCAAGAACUGGAAGGAAAACCUGGUGACCAGUGCUUGGUUCAGAUUGAGAGUAUUUGGUAUAGGGCUCGCAUAGUCUCAAGUAAUGGCUCGAAAUACACAGUGUUCCUCAUUGACAAAGGAACAACAUGCCGUGCCAUCACAAGUAGGCUUGCAUGGGGUAAAAAGGAGCAUUUCCAACUGCCUCCUGAAGUGGAGUUUUGUGUGCUAGCUAAUGUGCUACCACUGUCACUUGAGAACAAAUGGUCCCCAAUGGCGCUUGAAUUUCUGAAAUCUCUUCCUGGGAAGUGUGUGUCAGCACAUGUGCAGCAAGUACUAGUCCUGAACAGAACAUUCCUCCUGCACAUACCUUGCAUAUCCAAACAAAUGUAUGAGAUGGGAUUUGCCAAGAAACUAUCCCCAAACAUCUUCCAGGACUUUGUCCUAAAGUCAGUGCAGCCCCAUAGUGGAGCUGAGGUUUUUCCAGAGAUCAAACGGCUGUCCGUGGGACCUGUUGAACAACUGCGCAAGCAAGAGGUGUUCAUGUACCCAGAGCUACAGGGAGGAACUGUAGAGACAGUCGUUGUAACAGAAGUGACAAAUCCACAGAGGAUUUUUUGCCAGUUGAAGGUCUUCUCUCAAGAACUGAAGAAACUGUCAGAUCAACUUACACAGAGCUGCGAAGGGAGAAUGCCCAAUUGCAUUAUAGGCCCAGAUAUGAUUGGGUUUCCAUGUUCUGCAAGAGGAAGUGAUGGCAAAUGGUACCGCUCUGUUCUACAGCAGGUAUUUCCAACCAGUAACAUGGUGGAAGUAUUGAAUGUUGACAGUGGAACCAAAGAGUUUGUUAAAGUGGAGAAUGUAAGGUCACUGGCUGCAGAGUUCUUUAGGAUGCCAGUUAUCACUUACAUCUGCUCUCUCCAUGGAGUUAUUGACAAAGGGGUAGGAUGGACAACCCCGCAAAUUGACUACCUCAAGUCUCUCCUGCUGUACAAGACGAUGAUUGCCAAAUUUGAGUACCAAAGCAUCUCAGAGGGUGUUCACUAUGUCACUCUUUAUGGGGAUGACAAUACAAACAUGAACAUCUUGUUUGGUUCCAAAGAGGGCUGUUUGCUGGACUGUGAAAAAACACUGGAAGAUUAUGCUAUCCGCAACACAGCACACAGGCAACCGCAUCCAGCCCACCAAGAAAGAAAGAUGCUAACUCCUGGAGAAGUUGUGGAAGAAAAAGGGAAAGCAGUUGCAGAGAGGGUGCCUGCUGAAGUUCUCCUGCUAAACUCCUCACAUGUGGCAGUUGUCCAGCAUGUAACAAACCCAUCAGAGUUUUACAUCCAAACGCAAAACUAUACAAAGCAGUUGAAUGAAUUAAUGGAUACUAUCUGCCAUCUGUACAAAGAUUCUGUGAAUAAAGGAUCUGUUAGAAUUCCAACUGUUGGACUCUACUGUGCAGUCAAAGCAGCAGAUGGUGAUUUCUACAGAGCAACUGUGACUGAAGUUGGUGAGACACAAGUCGAGGUAUUCUUUGUUGAUUAUGGAAAUACAGAAGUGGUCGAUAGGAGAAACCUCAGGAUACUUCCUGCUGAGUUCAAAAAGCUGCCACGAUUGGCACUAAAAUGUACUCUGGCUGGUGUCAGACCUAAAGAUGGGAGAUGGAGUCAGAGUGCCUCUGCCUUUUUCAGAAAAGCAGUAACCGAUAAAGAACUAAAAGUACAUGUACUGGCCAAAUAUGAUAGUGGCUAUGUUGUCCAUCUGACAGAUCCCAAAGCAGAGGGAGAACAACAAGUCAGUACACUGUUGUGUAGUUCUGGUCUUGCUGAAAAGGCUGACAAACCAGGGCAGUGCAAAGACACAAUGAAUCCUGCUAUUACGCCUCCCACACAAUAUCCAGUUGCCAGCGCACCAUGUGGGAAUAGGGACACUGGAUUGGCUCUCCAGGUCCAAAACAUAAUUGGCCUUAGCCAGAAAGAAGGAAGAAUGGCUACCUUUAAGGAACACAUGUUUCCUAUCGGAAGUGUCCUUGAUGUCAAUGUGUCCUUCAUUGAGAGCCCAAGCGACUUUUGGUGCCAGCUAGUUUAUAAUGCAGGACUCUUGAAAUUGCUCAUGGAUGACAUACAGGCACACUAUGCAGGCAGUGAGUUUCAGCCAAAUGUCGAAACGGCUUGUGUUGCUCGUCACCCUGGUAACGGAUUGUGGUACAGGGCCCUUGUGAUUCAUAAACAUGAAACCGCUCAUGCGGAUGUGUUGUUUGUUGACUAUGGCCAGACAGAGACAGUCUCCUUCCAAGACCUGAGACGAAUCGGCCCAGAAUUUCUUACUCUGCAUGGUCAGGCUUUUCGAUGCAGUCUGUUGAAUCCCAUUGACCCUACAUCUGCUGUAACUGAGUGGAGCGAAGAGGCAGUCGAAAGGUUUAAAAACUUUGUGGACUCGGCUGCUUCCAACUUUGUGAUUCUGAAAUGCACCAUAUAUGCUGUCAUGUGCAGUGAGCAGAAGAUUGUUUUCAACAUUGUGGAUCUAGAAACUCCAUUUGAGAGUAUUUGCACUAGUAUGGUAAAUGUCAUGAAAAGUACACCUCCCAAAAAAGCUACGGGACCAUCUUUUCGUCUGGAUACAUACUACUACUCAACACACAAUGUCAAAACUGGGAUGGAGGAAGAGGUCACAGUGACAUGUGUGAACAAUGUCAAUCAGUUCUACUGCCAGCUUGAAAAGAAUGCUGAUGUGAUAAAUGACCUCAAGAUGAAAGUGAGCAGUUUUUGUCGUCUGCUUGAGAAAGUGAAGCUUCCAGCAGUCUAUGGAACUCUGUGCUUUGCAAGGUAUACUGAUGGGCAGUGGUACAGAGGGCAGAUCAAGGCCACAAAGCCAGCACUCCUGGUUCACUUUGUGGAUUAUGGGGACACUAUUGAAGUAGAUAAAUCUGACUUGCUCCCAGUUCCCAGAGAGGCAAACGACAUCAUGUCUGUGCCUGUGCAAGCAGUGGUGUGUGGUCUUUCUGAUGUCCCUGCUAAUGUUUCCAGUGAGGUGAACAGCUGGUUUGAGACAACUGCAACAGAAUGCAAAUUCCGAGCACUAGUAGUGGCCAGAGAACCUGAUGGGAAAGUGCUAGUUGAGCUCUAUCUUGGAAACACUCAGAUCAAUUCAAAGCUCAAGAAAAAGUUUCAGAUUGAGAUGCACACAGAAAGCCAGGUUGUUUGCCAUGGUCGGAGAGCUUUUGAGGCUUCACCGAGUUAUUCACAAAAGACGACAAAACGGACCACAAAAAUGGAAGAUGACACACAAUUCCUGAAGAAAAACAGUUUCUCUGCUUCAAAACCUCCUUUUACUUUAAGGGAUGACAGGAAAUCUAAUGAAAUGAACCUUUGGAACAAAACAACAAAGUCAGUUCAUGAAAAUGGUCAAAGGAUCAAGAGUCCACGACUAGAGUUGUACACACCUCCACAGCAAAGGCAGUCAUCUGCUGGUGGCAAUGUCAGAUCUUCAGCUCUUCCGACAGAUGCCAAGAAACUCAAGUCAACAGUAAAUGGCACAGAAUCCCAAAAGGAAAGUAAUGCUGAAAAGCUUCCUAAACUUUCAGACUUGCCCUCAAAUUCUAUCACACCUGGUGUGGUAGCAGAUGUCUACGUGUCACAUUGCAACAGCCCAUUAAGUUUCUAUGUGCAGUGUGUAAGGGAUGAGGAUCAUAUAUGUUCCCUGGUAGAAAAGCUCAAUGACCCCAAUUCAACUCCAGAAACCAACAGGCUCAAACAUGUGCUACCAGAUGACCUUGUUCAAGCACAGUUCGCAGAUGAUUCCUCAUGGUACCGAGCAGUUGUAAGAGAACUCCAUGGUGAUGCAAUGGCUCUUAUUGAGUUUGUUGAUUUUGGCAAUACAGCCAUGACUCCACUUUCCAAGAUGGGCAGACUCCAUGAGAAUUUCUUGCAGCUGCCAAUGUACAGCACACACUGUAUGCUGAGUGAUGCUGCUGGUCUUGGGGAAGAGAUUGUAGUUGAUCCAGAUGUGGUGUCGGCUUUCAAAGAAAGGAUUUCUAGCAGUGGAGAAAAAGUGUUCAAGUGCCAGUUUGUCAGGAAGAUUGGGUCUGUGUGGGAAGUUAACCUUGAAGACAAUGGUGUGAAGGUUACGUAUAAAGUGCCUACUAUAGAUCCUGAAAUCACCUCAGAGAAACUUGAGCAAGUAGAGGAAAGGAAGGAGCCAUCCCAGGUAUCUGAUAUCAGAGAAGUGCCAGAGAGAUCAGUGCUGAGCCACUGCUCCCCACAUAACUUUCUGGAAGACCUGUUUGAGGGGCAGAAAUUGGAAGCCUAUGUCACAGUCAUAAAUGAUGAUCAGACUUUCUGGUGUCAGUCUGCUAGUUCAGAAGAACAUGAUGAGAUCUUAUUAGGUCUCUCAGAAGUUGAGAAUUCAGCAGGUCAGAACCAUAUUGAUCCAGAUGCUCUCGUUCCUGGAAGUCUAUGUAUUGCUCGCUUUUUAGACGAUGAGUUUUGGUAUCGUGCAGAGGUCAUUGACAAAAAUGAGGGUGAGCUCUCUGUUUUCUUUAUGGACUAUGGAAACAAGACUAGAGUCAGCAUAACAGAUGUGAGAGAAAUGCCACCUUGCUUGUUGAAGAUUCCACCACAGGCAUUUUUGUGCGAGCUUGAAGGCUUUGAUGCUUUGUGUGGAUAUUGGGAAAGCGGAGCAAAGGUUGAAUUGUCUGCACUUAUAGAUGUCAAACUGUUGCAGUUGACUGUCACAAAACUAGCAAGAGCUACAGGAACAAUCUCUGUGCAGGUGGAAUGCGAAGGUCAGGUGAUAAACGAGUUGAUGAAAACCUGGUGGAAGAGCUUCAUAACCGAAAGUAAAGCCAAAGUAGAUGAACUGCCUGAUUCAGAUGAAGCAUCAGUGCAGAAUGACUCAUCUGUAAAUGAGUCUGUGGUACCUGAAGAUCAAGUAGAGAAUCCCAAAACCCAAGAAGCAGACAAAUCUCAUAUCCACUUUGAGAAAGACAACAGUGACGAGCUCAGCACUGAUCAGUUUGAGCCUUGCACAGAAGAUGAGGUACAAAAAUUAAGUACUCCAAAGUCCUCUAAAGAUUCAGUUCAUCUUGAGUUUUUUGGGAUCCAAGAAGAAAGUGUUUCCACAGAGGAGAUAGAAGUCCAAGCCUCUGCAAUAUUGAUCAAGGACAGUUUUCCUGGUGAUAGUGGUAUAGAUGAAAGUAUAUUGUCGCCACUUGAUAACCAAGAUGACAAAGACCAAAAUGUUUUGACUAUGAACUUCAACAUGGAGGACACUAACAAAGAACCUGAAGAGGAGCAAGCCUUGGUAAUGGACCCUCUUGGGCCCAACGUCUCAAGUUCUCCAGUGGAUGAGAACCUUUUAGAGACAACAGAUGACCUAGAGAGAACUGCAAAAACUGACAAGGAAUCUCUACUUGACGAGAUGAACGCAGUUUCCUACAACUCUGACAUCAUGAAUGUUUCUGAUCCAGCCAAAAACCAAGAUGGAAUAACAGCUUCUGUAGGAAGUGGCACUUCCCUGAACCGUAGGACAACUGUGAAAUUGAUUCCAACUGAAUUAGUGCUGCCCUCCCUUGUGCCUCCUGAGGAGCAGUUGUGCAGUGCUUCCAAAGAACCGGAAAGUGAGGCCGGAGAUGGGAUGAGUCAGCAAGAGGUUCCAUGUGCUGCCACACAACCUGAGAGUGACUCGGUGAGCGAUGAGGAGUCCUUGGUUCAUCUCAACAUUACAAAUUCAGCAGACACUGACGAAGCUGCCAGUGAGCCCCUCACGUACACUGUGUCCUUGCUGGAGAAGAGCCAAAAAAGCCGAGUGGUGAUGGUGAAGAUUGUCUGA